AAGGCAGACGCCCCGGGGUCAACAGCUUCUGAAAAAUAUCUAUUGAUCAUCAUCUGCACACAAUGCUGCGCCCCAAAGUGGGGCUCAAAUUCAUCUGACUGUAGUACACUGGUGCAAACACAUAGAAAAGCACACAGCUCUGUUCUGAAUUCAAAAUCCACCUUUUCAGUUUGUUGUUUAAAGGUGGAAUAUUUUCUGAGUCGACAUGAAGCCAGCAGUGACUCUGCUGGGCCUCGUCCUCCUGCUGCACACCACCUUUGCUGCAGAAAGGUCCUGUGUGGGUCGCUGUGGCUUCUUCGAUCCACAGAUGAAAUGUCAGUGUGACUCCAUGUGUAUGUACUAUGGAAGCUGCUGUGGAGACUUUGACACCGCCUGCCCCAAAAAAAGUCAUUGCCCGCGGUGAUACCUUCGACGAUGGCGAGGAAGUAACAGAAGCAAUGACGACUCUUGCUACACCUGUCUCACCAACUUUCAAUACAGUGGCAACAACUGCCUCUCUCCCACCCAACAUCACACUGGAGUCCACACCAACUGUGGAGCCUGACGCAGCAGACUGCAGUGGUCGAUCUUUUGAUGCUUUUCUGCAGCUGAAGAACGGGUCGAUUUACGCAUUCAGAGGUAAAUAUUUUUUUGAGUUGGAUGACAAGUCCAUACUUCCUGGUUACCCCAAGCUCAUCGAGGAUGUGUGGGGAAUCCAAGGGCCCAUUGACGCCGCGUUCACACGCAUCAACUGCCAGGGAAAAUCCUACAUCUUUAAGGGGAAUAAGUACUGGAGGUUUGAGGGCGAUGUCCUGGAUGAGGACUAUCCGCGGGACAUUUCAGUCGGCUUUGAUGGCAUACCAGAUGACAUUGAUGCUGCAUUUGCCGUGCCAGCACCAAGCCACCGUCGCAAAGAGAAAGCCUACUUUUUCAAAGGGGACAAGUAUUACCAGUAUCAGUUCAAGAACCAACCUUCCCAUGAGGAGUGUGUCGCCAUGACCAAGUCCACCCCGUCUGUGCUGUUCAUGAGAUACACAAACUUCUUCUGCGAUGAGACAUGGGAGGAUCUCUUCACAGAGCUCUUUGGAAACCCUAUAAGCAGUCAACCCAUGGGCCCUCGUUUCAUCACCAGGGACUGGCAGGGCCUCAGGCCUCCAGUAGAUGCUGCCAUGGUGGGACGAGUCUACCUCAGUCCCAAGCCCACACCAUCUUCUCCUCCACCAAUGAGGAGGCGGAACAGUUGGAGGAGGAAGCCCAGCAAGAAGCGUGGACAGCGAAGACGCCAGAGUCGCUAUGUGCUGUUUGAUGAUUUGUGGGGUUUUGAUGAUUGGUUUGACUACAGCGACUACAGCGACAUCACUGAUGAGAGCACCACAAUGCAGUUCAAGAGUACUCCUGUUCAAAAUGUGUAUUUUUUCAAGAGAGAUAAGUACUACAGAGUGAAUCUGCAGACAAAACGUGUGGACUACAUCAACCCUCCAUAUCCACGAUCCAUUGCGAAAUACUGGCUGGGAUGCAAGCAUGAAGAGACACCUGAUGCAUCAAGGGCAGAGAAGAAAUAGGUCAGCUGACUGAAUCUGUAGUUUUGGAGGAAAUAAAGAGAAACACUUUGUGUUUUAAAGAAAUCCUUUUGUGACAAGUCUUAAAGUAAAUACACUUUGAACUUAUAAUUUCUUCUGUUAUCAGUUGUAAAAGCAUUUUGGUCAUAGUAAUCACCCCUUUAACAUACCUUCUAUAUUUAGGUGGCUAGGUUGAAAUUCUGCAUAAUUUAAUAAACUUGAGAUCUUGUGAGA